CCAUUUCUUGUUUGAGCAAAAAGCCGUUAAUUUUCAAGAUUGUGCGGUUGAAAUAAUUUGUUUUGCUGUUCUUUGUAAAGUGAAAUGUGAAACUGUGAAAUAUUUUGCAAAAUAUUGUAGUGUUUUGUUGUUUACUGUGUGUUUAACAAGAAAUUAAUACAAAAUGAGUUCAGACAAUUCGGAUUCGGGGCCUGGCUUAACUUUGUCGUUGGUGGCUCAAUUCGAUGAUAUAAAUCGGUUGAAUAAUAUUCUUAACGACGGGGCGGCUGAAGAAUGUUUCCUAGCCUUCCUAAAACAAAUGGAAUGGGUCCGAGGCCAAUGGGCAGCCGCAGAGAAGGAAGCUGCUCGGAUACAAGCAGAGUUGGACGAGGCACUCCGAACACUCGCCAAGUGGGAGGCCAAGUUCGCACAUGUCAGGAAACUGCUGGAUGGAGAGAAGAGAGAAAGGAAUAUUGUGCUGAAGAAGUAUAGUGAACUGAGCAAACUUCUUGAUAUGGCACGAGAUCUUCUGUUCAAUGACAACAGAGCUAAGCUGAAUGAUGAGACUCUGCAGAAGCUUGCAUUUCUCAAUGGUACCGCUCAGCAGGAUCACAAUGCUAAGCUACAUUGUGUGCCUGAACUUAAUUCUACAGGCACUCUCCUCUCAGAGAUGUCAUACUCCCGCUCAGAAGACGAUUUGGACCUAUCCCUGGCUUCCACCCGUCGCUCGUGGGUGGGUCGCGGCGGGUGGAACGCGCGGGAGAACGCGCCCGCCACCAAGAAGCGACGCAGCUCCAGCUCUUCCGCUACCAAGGUAGGACAUAAGACGGUGGAGUUGCAAGGUGGUAAAGUGCUGGCCACUGCUACCACCACUCUGACGCUGGAACGCGCGCCCACCAGCCACGAUCUGAAACCGCCCAAUAACUUUCAACCGAUAUCAGAGAGCAGUGACGAAGCCCCUGCGCCGCGCAAGUCCUCAGCCCGCCUGUCAGCCAGUCGUAUGCAACACAACAUGAACAUUAAAGAGGAGUGCACACCAUCUGCGCCGCCGCGUACUGACACAGACAGCGGCUCGGAGACGCCCCGCGCGGUGCCGCAGCGCACUCCGUCGGUACUCUCAGCGUUCGCCGCGUCGCCGCGCUCGCGUCCGCGGCAGCACAACUUCGUGGCCAAGAACUUCUACAAGCGGGAGACUUGCGGACCUUGUGGGAAGACUAUAAAGUUCGCAAAACUGGGCGUGAAGUGCGAGUGGUGCCGCGCUCAAACACACCCCGAGUGCCGCGCGCUGCUGCCGCUGCCCUGCGUGCCGCCCGGGCCUGCCGCCAGGAGGCCCAACCAGCCCAUGGAGGGUUGUAUCUCAGACUACGCACCAUCCACCCCGCCGAUGGUACCGGCCCUCCUAGUGCACUGCAUCAACGAAGUCGAGAAGCGAGGGUUGAACGAGAAGGGGAUAUACCGCAUCAGCGCCACUGAUAAGGACGUUAAACGACUUAAGGAACGUUUCCUCCGCGGCUGCGGUUCCCCGUCCCUCGCGCAGGAGGACGUCCACGUGCUGUGCGGCUGCAUCAAGGACUUCCUCCGCUCCCUCCGCGAGCCGCUCGUCAGCGCUGCGCUGUGGGCAGACUUCAUGCAUGCCGCCACGCUGCACGAGCCCAGCGACGCCUCUGCAGCCAUCGUACAAGCCGUGUCGCAGCUGCCGCAGCCCAAUAGAGAUACUCUAGCGUUCAUUGUGCUGCAUUUGCAGAAGGUAGCAGAAAGCCCGGACUGUGAGAUGGGUAUCGACAACUUGGCGAAGAUAUUCGGCCCCACUCUUAUUGGGUACGGGCUCAUGUCACAACCCACUGAGAUGUACAAUGCUACUGCGCAGAUGUUCAAUGUGAUGCAGCUCCUCCUGCGCUUGCCAUGUGACUACUGGUCGCAGUGGGCGUGCCCGGGCACAGACGCGGGCUCGCCGCUGGGCGCCACGCUCCCAAGACCUAGAGGAUUCUUCUUCUCGCCCGCUGAUACUGGAGUAUCCAGAAAAAAGAGGAACUACUUCCAGUGACAAUCUUCAUCGACCUUAUUGUUAGUACAUUAGAGUUCAUUUUCGUUUGUUCAUUGAAAAGAACAUUUAAGUUAACCAUUACUUCGUAAAUUCUAACUUUUUAUUUAUAACUUACGAUGUUAGUUUUGUUUUUUUUUCUUUCAUACUAAUUAAUAUAAUUUUGACUAACUUAAGUUAUAGAUCAUUAUUAACUCAGUGACAUUUUCUGUAAAUUAGGUUUAUUGAUAUUUCUUUAAGAUUUUUUUUCGUUAGUUUUAGAUACAAGUUGUAGUUAUUUUUCAAAAACGUUUCUUUUUUUAAUUUACAUCUCAUACCAUAUGGAGGGAAAAUAUUCGAUUUAAGUUAAAAAAAAAAUCCUAAAAUAUCUAUUGAACCAAAUCCCUAUCUUCUCAUACACAAGAUACCUCCAACGCUCAAGAAAAAGGCUAUAUUGUAUAGUUUGCAUUUCAAAACACAUUUUCAAACAAAGUGAUAUAUUCUGUCACAUCUUCUGUAAUUAAUAUAUGUUAUAUUAUGUAAGCGUUGAGAUUGUUCAUGUUUUUCCUAAAUAUAAAUAAAGUAUUAAAAAUAAAAACCAA